AUGGUCUGGCUUCAGACUGCACCACCGCCGCCAGCCAUCCAAUUUAACGGUAGGUCAGCAUUAACUGCUAACGAUUUCUUGCAGGACCUCGAACAGCAUUUUAUGGUGAACCAAAUACCGAACACUAGAUGGGUGGAUACUGCCGCUAAUUGUCUUCGCGGUAGCCCAGCGAUGUGGUGGAAGAAUGACGGACGCCACCGAAUCGGCAACAGUUGGCCGUUAUUUAAACGAUCUUUUUUGGAUCUGUACGCUCCUUUAGCGGACGAAGUAGCUGUCGCUAAAGAACUUUUUAGUCGACAGUACACCGGAACCAAUAGUGUCGAGCAGUUUAUAUGGACCACGGUACAGCUAUACCGCACGUGGAGACCUUUAGCUCGUGACGAGAAAAUAAUUCAGUAUGUAGUUGGCCAGAUGUCUCUACCGUUAUGUGAGUAUCUGGAGAAUCGCCGUUCUUACUCAUUAAACGAGCUAGUACGCACUGCAAAAGAGUACGAAUUCAGAAGAAAUGAUCAAGCUUCUUCUGACAGUGCAAAUCAUUGUUAUUUUCACUUUGCUAAACAAUCAGUUUGA